UUCAAUAGUAUAAUCGAUUUUUUUCAAAUCCAUAGACGCAGAAGAAUAGAUUAAUGUCAGCUCAAACAAUUCAAUCCAUUUUCAGUUACUCAGACAUUCCUAGGUUUGUUCUUUGCUGAAUCUAUUCAUCUUCGAAAAUGAUCCGAUUCAUAAUACUACAGAAUCGGCAAGGCAAAACUCGAUUGGCCAAAUAUUACGUUCCUCUCGAGGAAUCCGAGAAGCACAAGGUUGAGUACGAGGUUCAUCGACUUGUUGUGAAUAGAGAUCCCAAAUUCACCAACUUUGUUGAGUUCCGAACACACAAGGUUAUCUACAGGCGAUACGCUGGGUUAUUUUUCUCUCUGUGUGUAGACAUUACGGAUAACGAGUUAGCUUAUCUCGAGUCCAUUCACUUAUUUGUGGAGAUACUCGAUCACUUUUUCAGCAAUGUGUGCGAGCUAGAUUUAGUGUUUAAUUUCCACAAGGUAUAUCUGAUACUAGAUGAGUUCAUACUUGCUGGGGAACUGCAAGAAACAAGCAAGAAGGCAAUCAUCGAAAGAAUGGGGGAACUCGAAAAGCAGGAGUAAGGAUUUAAUCAAGCAGGAGUAACUAGAACUGCGGUGCUAAAGACUUUGAAAAUCUUGUCUGUAAAGAAUGUUUGUGUACCAAUAUUUCUUCGGUUUAAUGAUUUCAUUUUUUAGUAUAAUCAACAUUUUAAAUUAAUAAAUAUUUUCUUAAUUUUUGGUACUUUGCUAAUGGGCCUAGUGGAAUAAACUAUGGGCCGAGAUGACUUUGUUAA